AUGAACGCUCCGCGAUCGGUUCCGGGUUCGCUAGCGUCGGUUCUCGGGUUCGCUCUCGUAUUGGUCGUCUCCGUCGCCGAGUGCGAUCCGGCUGGACCCGAUGCGGCCGCGCUGCAGACGACGGAGGCCACCGGGCCGGCCGAAGGUCGUGGACACUUCAAGAAGAUGAUGUUGAACCCGUACAUGCUGAUACCUCAGUUGAUCGCGCUGGGCUUCGCUCCGAUCGUUCUGGCCAACCUCAAGAUGAUGGUCAUGUCGGCGCUGAUGAUCAACAACAUGGCCCUGAACGCGGCCAUUUUCAUGACCGUCCGGAACAUGGUGUUUGGUCCGCGGCCCAAGGUCAAGUACGUCAACCACGGUUAUCACGACCACCAGAACCAACAACAUCAUCAUCAUAGCCAAAAAGACGGCGAUCAUCCACACCAUGAACACUACGAAGAUGAUGGUGUCCAAAGUCUCCACGCCGGACAGACAGAGCAACAGCCGCCCCAGCACCUGCACGCGUCUUCGAGACGGACGCAAACGCGCACAGACCGCCGCCGCAGGACGACGAAUAAAUCCAUCGCUGCUUCGUUGCGACGACGACCGACUCCUCCACCGCCGUUUACGCAGCCCAUAGUUUAA